UGGAUGCAAUACCUCCUUCAGCUGAAAUUGGUUGUCAAAGAAAAAAAGUUGAUCCGUCUGAUGCAUCCCGAGUACCUUCUUGGACUGGGCCCAUGGAUCGAGGAAGAAACCACAAAGGAGCCUCUCACCCCAGCGCUGGUGAACUUGGUGCAGCAAAUAGACGUGUACCUUGCCAUUUUCGGUCACCUGGCCAUCCCCGGUUUCCCGGCCGCCAAAAAGAAGGCUGCGUGCGUCAUGCUGACCGAACGCACGUUUCCAGGAGCGCUCGGCCAUGGACUGCUCUACCAGCGCGCCACUCAAUUUGGGGCGCCUAAUGGCAUCAAUCCUGGAGGCACCAGCAUCCCGGCGAUGAGUGCUUUCUUGGACUCUGAGGUGCGCCAGAUGCUCGACUCAAUGACUUUUUCGUAUGCACUGUCCACCAGCGCUACCGAAGAGAACAGGGUUGGCUUCUAUCGUCAGGUGCAAAAGAUGAAGGUGGCUCCUGGCUUCUUCAACACAAGCAACGGGCUCUAUGACGAUGCGAUGAAAUCAUACGCAGGAAAAGUGCCCGAAAACCUGGACAAUGUGGAUACAUAUGAUUUCGUCUCUAAAGCGAGGCAGGAUUUUAUGUUACUCUACUGGAAGAUUCUGGGGAAAAACCUUCCCACCAUAAAUUUCAGGAACCCGUUCGACCCUCUGUACGCCACCUAUCUUGCAAGUGAAAAUUUCCUCUAUGUUCCCAUGGGCGUGUUUACGAAGCCUGUAUUCCGCAACAGCCAGAAGAAUCGGAUAUUCGCUGCGACGUCAGGCUACCUGGUGAUGACCGGAGUUAUGAGAGCUUUGACAAUGACCGGAUCCAUGGUAGUCAAGAACCAGCUAAGUCCCGAGAACUGGGUCGGCUACUCGUGGACGAGGAAAAUGGAGAAGUACACUGACUGUCUACAGGCUGACCGCAAGGACAACGAUACCAUCGAGACCACCGCGGACGUGUACAUGGUCGCGGCUGUUACACCGGCGCUACGGUACUUCAAGAAGCUGGUAUUACACAAGGCCUUCCCGCGUCCUGAGUUCCGCAUCGACUGGGUCAGUGACCUCAGCUCCACACAACUUUUCUUCUACAACUGGGCCCUGGUAAGCAGAAUGCGUCUUCUCAUAAAAAAAACUAUAAGGAUGACUUUGACUUACUCAUUCAGCACCAUAGAUGUGCAUCUUAGUUCAAUCUCGAACAUCUGCGUUAUAAUAGGACUAGUGCAAGCCGCAAAGUACUUCUCUCGCAGGGGAACCUUUAAAGUGAUUUGUUGUUGCCGCCGUGGCGGCGUUGGCGUAUAUUAGUGACUACGUUUUGUGAUU